AGAGAUCAAUGAGAUAGUGCAGAUACACACAGAUCUAGAGGCUCCAGGAGACGAUGCGACACUCAGCCUGAAAAGAUUUGGAAGAUCCAAAAUGAAAACUGAUUAUUGAAUGAAAUUAAAACCUAAGGUAAUUUAAGGUUAAGGAACCAUGUUAACACUACCGUUUGACGAGUCUGUCAUAAUGCCCGAAUCCCAGAUGUGCAGAAAGUUUGCUAGACAAUGCGAGGACCAGAAACAAAUGAAGAAACCAGAGAGCUUUCCAAAACAAGUUGUCCUUCGAGGAAAGAGCAUUAAACGGGCCCCUGGAGAAGAAACCGAGAAAGAGGAGGAGGAGGAAGAUAGAGAAGAAGAAGACGAAAAUGGCUUGCCCAGAAGGAGGGGUCUCAGGAAAAAAAAGACCACCAAACUACGACUGGAAAGGGUCAAGUUCAGGAGACAGGAAGCCAAUGCGCGCGAGAGGAACCGGAUGCACGGCCUCAACGACGCUUUGGACAAUUUGCGGAAAGUGGUCCCCUGUUACUCCAAAACCCAAAAACUGUCCAAAAUAGAAACUUUACGGCUCGCCAAAAACUACAUCUGGGCACUUUCUGAAAUUCUGAGGAUUGGCAAGAGACCAGAUCUGCUCACGUUCGUCCAAAACUUAUGCAAAGGUCUUUCUCAGCCAACUACAAACUUGGUAGCAGGCUGCUUACAGCUCAACGCCAGGAGCUUCCUGAUGGGUCAGGGUGGGGAGGCUGCACACCACACCAGGUCACCCUACUCCACAUUCUACCCACCCUACCACAGCCCUGAGCUGGCCACCCCCCCAGGGCAUGGGACUCUUGAUAAUCCCAAGUCCAUGAAACCCUACAAUUACUGCAGUGCGUAUGAAUCCUUCUAUGAAAGUACUUCCCCUGAGUGUGCCAGCCCUCAGUUUGAAGGUCCCCUAAGUCCUCCCCCAAUUAACUAUAAUGGGAUAUUUUCCCUGAAGCAAGAAGAAACCUUGGACUAUGGCAAAAAUUACAAUUACGGCAUGCAUUACUGUGCAGUGCCACCCAGGGGUCCCCUUGGGCAGGGUGCCAUGUUCAGGUUGCCCACCGACAGCCACUUCCCUUAUGACUUACAUCUGCGCAGCCAAUCUCUCACUAUGCAAGAUGAAUUAAAUGCAGUUUUUCAUAAUUAAUGAGGAAAAUGAAAAUAAACAGUGGUCAUUCACCUCCCACUCUAAUUAAGACAAAGCAGAUGCUUGCGGGCUGAGUAAUUGGCACAACUCUAUCUAAGGUGUUUACUAGUUUCUGAAGUGUGUUUCAACGAUUGUGAACAUUUUCUAUGUCAUAAUAAAUCUCUUUUCGUACGAGAGCUUCUUUUCCUUCCCCUUUGUCUGUAUCGCACUGUGAUUCUCUCUCUACUGGCAGGAUUUUCCUUUCCUGUUCUAGUUUCUUUUAAAUUCGCUUAAUUUGUUUGAACAAGGUGUCUAAGAAUAUAUUGCUGAAUAAAGACAUGCACACAGCAUAACUCAAUGUCUAUUUCAGUUGUACAGUAAUUAUGAAAAUGCAUGUUAUAAAAAUCAGAUGAGUAAAAUGUGUUUAUAAUUACUAGGACUCAUAUAUGUAUCUCUGAAAAUUGAGUUUUUAAAGUAUCAAGAGCUAACCAUGAAAUUAAAAGAUGCAUUUGAGGAUAUACAACAAUAUUAAAAGCUAUGCAAUUUUCUGUUUAUUAAGGAACUAUUCCUCUUCAAGCAUUUGCAGAGGAGGAAACACAGUGUUUGGGGGAGGUUAUCAGCAUCAUAAUUUGGGGACAAUUAUUUCAAUCAUGAAGAAAAAAUAUUAGCACUUGUUUUGUAUUGUUCAGGAUUUUUCUGUACAGGUUUGUUAUGGUGUAUAAUUGUGUUUUCCACCCUACAGUUUAAAAGCAAUUAAACAUAGAUAUUUCCACUUAUAAAGGAUAUCUAUUAGCCGUGA